AUGUCUGCAGACUGUUCACUCCCCGGCCAAGGCUCACGAAAUUCGAACCUGUCUUUCAUCCUCAAAAAACCACACGACGUCGAAUUUGUUGAACAAUCAAUGCCACAACUUUCAUCACCCAAAGAUGUCAUAGUUGCUAUUAACUAUACUGGUAUAUGCGGGUCGGAUGUGCAUUACUGGGAUCAUGGCAAGGUCGGUCACUUCAAAGUGGAAAAUCCUAUGGUUCUGGGCCACGAGUCCGCUGGAACUGUAGUAGAAGUCGGCAGUGCCGUGAAAGGCCUCCACCCCGGUGACAAAGUCGCUAUCGAGCCUGGAUCUCCGUGUCGGUGGUGCGCUGAAUGCCUGUCUGGUCGGUAUAACCUCUGCCCCGACAUGGUUUUUGCGGCCACACCUCCUUACCACGGCACGCUUACCGGCUUCUGGGCUGCACCAUUCGACUUCUGCUAUAAAUUGCCGCAGGAGGUAUCUCUCCAGGAGGGAGCCUUGAUCGAACCGCUCGCAGUUGCAGUACACAUUGUGAAGCAAGCCCAGAUAACGACAAUACCUGGUGCAAGUGUCGUCGUUAUGGGAGCUGGUCCAGUAGGCAUUCUGUGCGGAGCGGUUGCCAAAGCCUUUGGCGCGACCAAGAUCAUCGGUGUGGAUGUAAUACUGUCAAAGCUGGAAUUUGCAAAACGUUUUGGCUUUACGCAUGUGUAUUUAUCGCGACGAAUCUCAGCCGAAGACAAUGCUAAGGCACUCCUUGAUCAAUGUGGUCUAGAUGGGGGUGCGGACAUUGUUAUUGACGCAAGUGGAGCGGAACCCUCCAUUCAAGCCAGUCUCCACAUCAUUAGGGCCGGAGGCACCUAUAUUCAGGGCGGUAUGGGCAAGGCAGAUAUCAACUUCCCCAUAAUGGCCUUGUGUCAAAAGGAGGUCACAGCCAAAGGCAGUUUUCGCACGGAGGCCCGCUCCACGGCCACAAUAUUUAUGAACUACGAACAAAGGGGAACCAUAUAA